UAUGGAGCCUGUAACAGCAAGGUGCUGGUCUGAGUCAAAAGGCAUCAGCCUGCAGGUUAUAAAGGCAUCUCUGCUGCUUGCAAGAGUGCCCUUCACAUGCCCUCCACCUCAUGUGGCUAAGGAUGGGUUCCUGCCUACCCCAUGGAUAUUACCACUAUUUGCUUGCUUGUUAAUACAACUAACAACAGCAAAUACAGAGGAGAAACUCCUCUCCUGAUGAAAUUCACCCCAGAAAAUCCUGAGUAGUAAAGCAGAGCAACUUGUGGACCAACAAUUUUCCUCUGGGUCUUAAACCAUCACAUAUAUUUUUUUUUUUUCCUUGACUGAAUAUGUGCUGAUCUCAUUCAUCCUGGGAAAAGCACGGGGUGUUCUCAUCCCGGCUAUACCUGGCAAGCUGCACACACUGUGACAGAGAGAGCGAACUUCUGAUCAGGCUCUGCAGUGGCUGCUGCCCAGCUUCUUGUGGCUCUUUCCUGGAGCGAGAGGCCGGCUUCUUCACCUGGCAUUCCUGGGAGAGAUGAAGGAUUAAUCAGCCACUCGAUGGGGAUUAACAGUGGAGCACCUCUUUGUGUCGCCUUUCCACCUCUGUGUAGCACGAAUAACAACUUCAGCACUUCUUCAAUAAUAAUUAUGAAACUGGUAUUAACUGAAUGGCAAUUAUGGAUUUUUAACUCUAACUCACAGUAAACCAGCAAGCCAUAUGUUGAAAUUCUUACCAAAUAGCUUUUCAUUCUUAAUGUCUCGUAUCUAUACAAGAAGUUGCAAGAUACCUGUUUGUACAAGAGGAAUAUAAGCAUUACUUGCCCAAGGAACAGAAGCUGAAAGAGAAGACACCCUAACUUGUUCGUGGAGUUAUGGUAGUAUUAUUUAUAUAGAUAUAACAAAUAUAUAUAUUUUUUAUGGUAAUGAAAAUGGCUCCUCAGAAUGCUGACUCGGAAUCUAUGCAAGUUCAAGAUCUACCUGUGGCACAGCUUCAGAAACCAGAAAACAAGGAGAAUGAAAGUAGGGAGGAGACCAUUAGUGAAGGAUCCAUAGACCGGAUACCGAUACGCCUGUGGGUGAUGCACGGUGCAGUAAUGUUUGGCAGGGAAUUUUGUUAUGCCAUGGAGACAGCUUUGGUAACACCUGUAUUGUUACAAAUUGGUCUUCCUGAACAAUACUACAGUCUCACUUGGUUCCUCAGCCCUAUCCUGGGCUUGAUCUUCACUCCACUCAUAGGUUCAGCCAGUGACCGCUGCACGCUGAGCUGGGGCCGCCGGCGGCCUUUUAUCCUUGCUCUCUGCAUUGGUGUCCUCUUUGGAGUUGCACUUUUCCUUAAUGGCUCUGUGAUAGGUCUGGCUAUUGGUGAUGUCCCGGACAAGCAGCCCAUUGGAAUAGUUCUCACGGUGCUUGGGGUUGUGGUGUUGGACUUCUGUGCCGAUGCAACCGAAGGGCCAAUUCGGGCCUAUUUGUUGGAUGUGGUGGACAGCGAAGAACAAGACAUGGCCCUGAACAUCCAUGCAUUUUCAGCUGGUCUUGGAGGAGCAAUUGGUUAUAUGUUAGGAGGGCUGGACUGGACACAGACCUUCUUGGGUAGCAUUUUUAAAUCUCAAGAGCAAGUCCUUUUUUUCUUUGCAGCCAUUAUUUUCUCUGUCUCCGUUGCUCUCCACCUUUUUAGCAUUGAAGAAGAGCAAUAUAACCCUCAGCAGGACAGAAUCGAUGAUGAAGGAGACACACUUUCCAGUGCCAAAUUCAGUGGCAGUCUCCCCCCUUUGAAUCGGCUGAAUGUAAUUAGUGAGGAAGAGCCGUAUGGAGCUUCCAUGUUCCACGAUGAGGUUCAGUCAGAGCAUGACCUCAAUAUGGAGUUCCUUGAGGUGAACAUUGUGAGAAGCAAGAGUGACUCAGUUCUGCACAUGCCUGAUGCCACAUUGGAAAUUGAAUCGGAGCUGCUUUUCCUGCAUGACAUCGAACCCUCCAUUUUUCAGGAUGCUUCAUAUCCAAACACUCCCCACAACACGAGCCAGGAGAUCAUGAAGUCCAAGCUCAACCACCUGUCUGCUUUCCUCAGGGAGAAUGAGAAGGAGGAGGAAAUGUUGCUUGAUAAUCGUUUAAAUGAAGAUAAAGUCCCAAACAUCAACGGCUCCCUACCAAAAGAGUUCCUCAACGGCCACACCAGAAUAGGCAUGAAGCAAUCCAGCACUUCCAACUCCAUGCGGCGGCGCAGGCACAUGUUCUACCGGCAGCCGUCCUACACCUUCUCGUACUACGGCAAGAUCGGCUCCCACCGGUACCGCUUCCGCCGGGCCAACGCCAUCGUCCUGAUCAAGUCCUCGCGCAGCAUGAACGACAUCUACGACAUGCAGAAACGGCAGCGGCAGCGCUGCCGGCACCGCAACCAGAGCGGCACCACCAACUCCAGCGGGGACACGGAGAGCGAAGAGGGGGAGACCGAAACCACCGUCAGACUCUUGUGGCUGUCGAUGCUAAAGAUGCCCAAGGAGCUGCUGAGACUGUGCGUCUGCCACCUCCUGACUUGGUUUUCCAUCAUUGCUGAAGCUGUGUUCUAUACGGAUUUCAUGGGACAGGUCAUCUUCCAGGGUGAUCCAAAGGCCCCUUCAAACUCAACUGAGCUGCAUGCCUACAAUGCUGGGGUUCAGAUGGGAUGCUGGGGGCUAGUGAUUUAUGCUGCUACUGCUGCUGUUUGUUCAGCCUUAUUGCAGAAAUACUUGGACAACUACGACCUUAGCAUAAAAGUGAUCUACAUCCUGGGCACGCUGGGUUUUUCCCUUGGCACUGCAGUGAUGGCCAUGUUCCCCAAUGUGUACGUCACCAUGAUAAUGAUCAGCACAAUGGGAAUAGUCUCCAUGAGCAUCUCCUACUGCCCCUAUGCGCUUUUGGGACAAUACCAUGAGAUAAAACAGUACAUUCACCACAGCCCUGGGAACUCGAAGCGAGGGUUUGGCAUUGACUGCGCCAUCCUGUCGUGUCAGGUUUACAUCUCCCAGAUCCUGGUGGCCUCCGCGCUUGGCGGCGUGGUGGACAUGGUCGGCACGGUCAGAGUCAUCCCCAUGGUGGCUUCGGUGGGAUCCUUCCUGGGUUUUUUGACAGCGACUUUCUUGGUGAUUUACCCUGAAGUCAAUGAAGAGCCAAAGGAAGAGCCAAAAGGACUCGGUCCCCCAGAGAAAGCCGAGGGCAGCGGCGCAGGCGCGGAGAAGCCGACGGUGCUGAAGCUGACGCGCAAAGGAGCCGCGGCAGCGGAGCCGGAGGGCGAGUCGGCCGUGUGAGGCCGCCGACGCUUGUUCACCCACAUUCCAAGGAGUGCAGGUGCAGGAUCAAGAACUUUUGUUGUGGAUUUUUUUUUCCAGGAAAGCAAAUUAGGACCUUCACUACUUUUAGCUAAAAUUUGCAGAAGAAGAGGCAGUUUCGUGCAAAAAUGUAAAUUAAAUUCUGUAGUCCUUCCUCUAGGUUUGAGCAGGUGGCUCUGAUGCUAAUUGCUUUCUCUACAAUUUAGAAACAUCAUUUCUGAACACUUUUUUAUUAAGAAUACAUUUAGAUUUCAAAUAAGUUUUAUUAAUCUGCAUGAAACUCACAGUGUAUACAAUUAGCAGUUAGAAAAAUUAAGUUUUCAGCUGUUUUUAAACUAACAGAAAAUGGAAGCUAUCUUGACCUAUAGUCUCUUGCCAUUUUUUUGUCUGAACAUUUCAGAUUUCACUAUGCUUAGACAUCAAUUGAUUUUUUUCAUGAGCAUGAUAUUACUGGUCUGACAGCUACGUUAAUUUUAGACUUCAUGUUUUUGUUAGUGCAAUUACUGCAGACUCCUUUUAUUUGCAAUUAUUUUCAAGGAAAAAAAAAAAAGCAAUUACUGCAGUUUCUAAGAAACUGCCAUGAAUUCUUUUAGUCAUACUAUUCACAACCACUCCCAAAUCUGCUGCUUGUCAGGAAAGGGUGUCACUGGGUGCUGGAUGUCAGCUGUAGAUGGAAGGAGCAGCAGCUGGGAGAGGUGGCCAGCACUCAUAGAUUUCUUUAUCACAAGUGCUGCAUUUUUUGAAUGUCGUUGGAAUACGCUGUGACAAUUUUUAGCUGAGAGUUUCACAUGCUGGUGAACUCGGGGGUUUUCUCAGCAUUUAAACCUGAUCAUCUCUGGAUGAAGCUGCCGUGGAGAAAGGGCACCUCUGGGGUCAGCUCUGUGGGAGGGGGCGUGCGGAUUCUCUUCCGUAGGGAAAGGAAAUCAUUGAUUAAUUGCACUUUUUACGAUCCUUUAACCUCCUGGCUGGGAAUGCAGCAGCUGAGGUAAAGGCACGGGGUCAGUACAAGGAGAACCCAAGGCCUACCUUCGUCACUUUAUGGCAUAGUCUGGGUGUAUAAAAAUCUGUGUCAGAAACAGUUUUUAGGCCUUAAAAUUCAAAUGUUGCUGUUGCUGUCCCUGUGUUGGAGGAAUUGUAGGCCAGAGCUGUUUUGAGCUGCUGUACCAAUGUUGUCAUCACAUCCUCCAUGUUCCCUUCUGUGAUUCAGGACACAGCUGCAGUGCAAAGAUACUUUUCUGGAAAGAGGUUGAAAGAGUUAUGCUAAGUUGAUUUGAAAUAGAUUUGGAUCAUUAUCCAGCAGCCAUUUAAAGCAACUUUCAAAACUUGUGUUUCACAAACAUCCGAUUGUCAUUUGUAAGACAUGUUUGUGAUGCUGUUGACUCGUUUUGGCUUGGGCCCCCGGGCUGCCAUCAAUCCGUGUGCUGGACAGGCAAACACAGCACGGUGUGAGAUUCCUGCUGCCUCAAACUCCUCCUCCUCCAGGACUUGCAAAUGCCUGUGUCAGUCAUGCUGCAAACCAGGCAUUCAGACAAAGAAGCUAUAUUUCAAUAUGAAAAGCAGUUUUUAAUUAAUUACUUGAAAUGUCCAUGUUUUUGAGAAGUGGAUGUUUGGAUGUAUUUGUAGGUGGCAUCCGUGUGUUUCUCUGAAGGCUUCCAGUCAAUGCCUAUGGCCUCUGCUAUCAAGGGUGACAAUGUUUCUAGGCUGGUGACAUCACAGAGCACUGAAGUACAUGUAAUCACACAGGACUUAGGGGUUGUAUUUGUUUUUUCCAGUGUCUUGAGGAAGUCUUUCUUUUUUUCUUUGGUGAAUAUUUUCUUACGUAGAACAUGUACUGUGAACUGUGUUCAGCCAGGGGAGCAAUACUACUGAAGAGUGUGAGACCUUACUGAAGAAAGCAGCUGUGAGAAGUUCUGCCGUGAAUUUUAUCAUCUCAGUUACAUUUAAUAUAUUCUGGUGAUGUUCAUGUGUGAGAGACAAGUGUUGUGUUUCACCCUAGAACUGGCAUUCAUGUAAAUUACAUGCUGAGUUACACAUUUUUAAAUGGCUUUAAUAUUUUAGUUUUGAAGCUCAUUGAAGAUUCUGCUUUUGGUUAAAUAACCACUGUCAAGUACUCCUUAUUUUAAUCUCUACUGCUGGAAAGGUUCUUCAACAGUUUAAAAACCUACAUCUUCUCACUGGUGUCAGCAUUACCUUUUUCCCAAGGGUUCCAUGGACCAGCAUGGAUCAAAUCUCCAUUACUCCACAUUGCACUUUCUAAGCCAAGUCUCUUUGACUGCACUGUCACACUGACCAAGUAGCUGCAGAGGGGGUGGAGAGGCUGAAGCUCCCUCUGACUUCAGAUCCCACAGAGGGAACAUGAAAACAUUUUGGGAGUGAGCUCACCCAUAUUUAUAGAGCCUUCUCAGCCAGAGAAGGGCAAGGAGGGAAGAAGGACCUUUCAUUUCAAACCCAGAGGCUUCAAGCAAAGGCAGGGCAGGGCCAGUUUUGUCAUAGAUAGUGUUUGGCAUGGCUCCAUUUCUAUGAACUGGAUGUUAAAAUCUGUGUUUGGAGUUGUUUAUGGGGCUCAUAACGCAGGAAUACGCACACUGCCACAGCAGGAAGCUGAUUUCACUCCCUGGUAAAGGCAAAGGAAAUAAUUAUUCAUUGUAAAUGCGCUGAAGUUUUUGUAGUGUUGCCAGAAGAAUUAACUUGGGGAGCCCCAGCCAAAGCAUCUUUUCCUGUCCUUGGGCCAGCCUGGGAAGCCCCCACACUGGCUUCACCUGCUGAGGUCUCCCAAGGGCUUUUCCUUGGAUGUGCAAAUUAUCUUUCUAGCCCCAGCACUGCUCAGUGCAGAGCGGGUGAUGGUUUAUUUCUUCAUCUGUCCCUUACUUUAUCUUUUCAUACAGAAAUGAUUUUUUUUGCCACAAUUAAAGAAGUACAAUACUGUGUGGUUCAUGUGAGAGCAGAGAAGCUUUAACUUUCACCCCUCAGAAAGGCUCAGUGUGGGUUUGGCCCUGUUGGGUUAUUCCAUGAGUCCAGUGAGAUCUAUGCUGUUUGUGGACAGCAAUUUCAGACUCCAGAAGCAAUAAUUUCUUAGUUUCUCUUGGCUUCUCUUCCUGCUAGUCUGAUGACUUUCAUAGAGAUUUAUUGCCUAAAUAGCCUUUUAAUAACACAAAUAUGGUGUUUUGCUGGGGCUGGCUGUGAGUUGUUGUGGAAAGAUAGAGGUUGUUCAUCAUCAGGAGUGAGGAGGCCAGUAAAUCCAGCAGAGGCUUGUGCUCUUGAAACACACAGUGUCCUUUUCCCCUUUCAUUUGGAGCCUUUUUCUAGGCUCUGAAAUAUUCCCAGCACAUCAAUGCUAAUGGUGGCACUCAGACCCAAGGAUGGAACAGGCUGCAUGAGGUUUUCUUCAUAGGCAAGGACUGAGUCUUUCUUAUCCCUCUCCCACCUGAUCUGAACCCCACAGCACUUGGAAGGACAGCAGCAACCACGGUGCUUUUUGCCAGGUACCUCAUUAAACCCUUGCUUCCAUUGUUAAGAACGUGUCCCCUGCCCUUGGUCCGGGGUGAGCUUGGCUUCCUCCAGUAUCCACCAUGAAAAGCAGGAUUUUCCUGGCUGCCAGAUCUCACAGCCAUGCAGGUUGAGGUCACAUCUAUGAAUAAAGGUAGAGAAAGUCAGACUUUGUUCCUGGGAGAGCUGGGACAUCUGGGCAGGAGUGAAGUGCAGGAAGCAGGUGCUGAGAUUUGGGGCUUUUUAGGGAUGUGUGUGUGUCUGUACCUCUGUGUUUUUGUACAUUUCCAGACACACACUGCUCGGGCCAAAAUACCUUUGGUGGUUGUGUGUUGCUGUCACUGUACAUCCACUAUGUUUUCAACUGAGUUCUUCCAGGUUUCCCUCAUCCUAGUCCAAUGCAAGACAAGCUCAGCUAUAAACAUGUAUCCUAUUUAAAUGAACAAAUGAACUCCUGCAUGAUAUUCCAAGCACAUGUAGCAGCUUCGGCAUCUGAAGUGUCUGUCGUGAAAGAGAAGUUGGUUUUCUUUGCAGCUGUUUUGUCCUCGUUUCCUUUGAAUAGGCCAAAUAAAUGUAAUGGACACCAAAUAUUGCACAGAAAUGUUAUUGAUGACUGUGUGGAAGAAAUACCAAAUUUUAUUUUUCUUUGCAGAAACUUUAUGGUUCCAGAGAGUCCUUUAUCUGUUUUCCUUCCUUAAAUGACAACGCUGAACGUUUGUAAAGCAUGUCACAAAAUGGUCAUUUGGAAAAAGUGGAAUUACCCAAAGUUUUCUCCUUGUCAUGUUGCAUCCAAAGGAGCUGCAGCAUCUCAAACACCAACUGGGGUUUGAAUUUGAGGCUCAGCAGUUCAGAAACUGCCUUAGAAAAUAAAAGGCUCAAUUCCUUUUCCUGGCAUGGCACUUGCACACAGUGAUCUGCUCAUUAAGGAGUUCCAGGUUUUCCUUUUGUUUAAAUUAAAAUCACCUUCUUCAAUUUCCAAAUUGGAAAACCAGUUUGGUUUGGUUCCUCAACCUGAGCAGCUUCACCUGAAUUUCCACCUCAGCUUCCCUUGCCCCUGGGAGUACAAGGGGUGCCCAGGACGGAAAAAUACAUCCCCACCUAAAGAGAGUAUCUGCUGUAAUUAAAGGGCUUUUGAUGCCCUUGCAACCUGAUAAAAUUUUAAGGAAAAUGCAGAGCAUAGUUCAAUUUGACCUGCUCUGGCACAUUUAUUCUUAAAUUUGGAAGUUUGGGGUGAAGCUCUGGGAGCAUUUAUUCAAACUCAGUGUCACCUUAUUUACUGUGCACCUACUCAGACCUUAGCGACAGCCAAAUUGUAAUAAAUUACCCCACAAUCCAGAUUUUUCUCUCAACAAAUUAGCAGUUCCCAAUGUGAAUUUAUUUUGUCUGAUGUAACAUGAACACUAAGCCCUUUUAAGUAGCCAAAUGACCAGCUUAUUCUAAAUGCCUCGUAUUACUAGAAAGCUGCAUAUAGGCAUCUCAUAGCGGGGAAAAAAUUAAAAAAAAAAGAAAAAAAAGAAAAAGAAUAUUUAGUUCCUUUGUGAACUGGCCAUAUGACAACUACUUUUUUAUCAACUUAUUAAGUUGGGGCACUAUAAUAGCUCUUGCUGAGUUUAGCAAUGUUUAUAAGCAUGUGUUAAACACAUAAUGUUGUUUUAUGAGGAAAAAGGGAUAAAGAAAAGUGAUGUCACAGAUGAAUGUUUGAGUGCGUAGACGGCAUAAUGUAUGUAUGAUUUUUAUUUCUACACUGUUGAGCUUAUUUUCUGUUUAAAGGUUAAAAAAUUGUUGCAUGAGAACUGUUUUAUUGUGUUCUGCACUUUCUGUUCUUUUUGUAUAAUCUUGAUUUUUUUUUUCAUUUAUGCAUAGAAAAGAAAAAAAAUCAGUUUAGAAAUAUUCUACUCCACGAGACAUUGUGUUCCAAUCUGUUGUUCCGAAGUUCAAUCUUAAUAAACAUUUCAGUAAGA